AAAAACUUGUGAAAUAUUUGGAUCCCAACGACCUGGGGAGGAUCAACUUCAAGGACUUUUGCCGGGGAGUGUUCGCCAUGAAAGGGUGUGAGGAGCUGCUGAAGGAUGUGCUGUCCAUGGAGAGCGCGGGGACGCUGCCGUGCGCGCCCGAGAUCCUAGACUACGUGGAGCAGGGCAGCGAGGGCUCAGACCCCACCUUUGCUGAUGGCGAACUUGUCCCCAGGGAGCCUGGCUGCUUCCCCGAGGAUGAGGAGGAGGCUAUGACACUGGCCCCACCCGAGGGCCCCUCGGAGUCAGACAUGGACAGCCCCAUGGAGAGCGCCCAGAGCCUGGAGGGUUCUGUGGGGAGUCCUGCUGAGGAGAAGGACGGGGGCCUCGGGGGCCUAUUUCUGCCAGAGGACAAGUCCCUGGUCCACACUCCGUCUGUGACGACAUCAGACCUCUCGACACACUCCACCGCCUCACUCAUCAGCAACGAGGAGCAGUUCGAAGACUACGGGGAGGGAGAUGAUGUGGACUGUGCUCCCAGCAGUCCCUGCCCCGACGAUGAGACCAGGACCAACGUCUACUCAGACCUGGGGUCUUCAGUGUCUUCCAGCGCCGGGCAGACUCCUCGGAAGACGCGGCACGCGUACCACAGCGAGUUGCUGGAUGUGUACUGCUCGCAGUGCUGCAGGAAAAUCAACCUGCUCAAUGACUUGGAAGCCCGGCUGAGAAACCUGAAGGCCAACAGCCCCAACCGAAAGAUCUCGAGCACAGCCUUCGGACGGCAGCUCAUGCACAACAGCAACUUCAGCAGCAGCAAUGGCAGCACUGAGGACCUGUUCCGGGACAGCAUCGACUCCUGCGACAAUGACCUCACAGAGAAGGUGAGCUUCCUGGAAAAGAAGGUGACAGAGUUGGAGAAUGACAACCUGACCAAUGGGGACCUGAAGAGCAAGCUGAAGCAGGAGAACACGCAGCUGGUGCACAGGGUGCAUGAGCUGGAGGAGAUGGUGAAGGACCAGGAGACCGCAGCUGAGCAGGCGCUGGAGGAGGAGGCCCGGCGGCACCGCGAGGCCUACGUCAAGCUGGAGAAGGAGAAGAGCACCGAGGUGGAGCUGCUCAACUCCAGGGUGCAGCAAUUAGAGGAAGAAAACACAGAGCUCAGAACGACAGUGACUCGGCUCAAGUCUCAAACAGAGAAGCUGGACGAGGAGCGGCAGCGCAUGUCCGACCGGCUCGAGGACACCAGCCUGCGGCUCAAGGAUGAGAUGGACCUAUACAAGCGCAUGAUGGACAAGCUGCGCCAGAACCGCCUCGAGUUCCAGAAGGAGCGGGAAGCGACGCAGGAGCUCAUCGAGGACUUGCGGAAGGAGCUGGAGCACCUGCAGAUGUAUAAGCUGGACUGCGAGCGGCCGGGCAGGGGUCGUGGCGCGUCCUCCGGCCUGGGCGAGUUCAGUGCCAGGGCCCGUGAAGUGGAGCUGGAGCAUGAGGUCAAGCGGCUCAAGCAGGAGAACUAUAAGCUGCGGGAUCAGAAUGACGACUUGAAUGGCCAGAUCUUGAGCCUCAGCCUCUAUGAAGCAAAGAACCUCUUUGCUACCCAGACCAAAGCGCAGUCUCUGGCGGCGGAAAUAGACACAGCCUCUCGCGAUGAGUUAAUGGAAGCUCUGAAGGAGCAGGAGGAGAUCAACUUCCGGCUGAGGCAGUACAUGGACAAGAUUAUCCUCGCCAUCCUGGACCACAACCCCUCCAUCCUUGAGAUCAAGCACUGAGACAGGGGGCUGGCUGCAGAGCGGCCUCAGGACCCCAGGACCAAGGGGCAGACUGUGCCCCAGGAUGCAGGCCCAGGCCCGGGCCUCACACUCACACUGUAAAUGUAUCUCUGGCCACCAUG